AUGCAACUGAAGGUGGCGGAAAAGAAUUACCCCAUCCAUGAGAAAGAGCUCCUCGCGAUCAUACACGCGCUCAAGAAAUGGCGGUCUGAUCUUAUGGGAAUGCCCAUUUUUGUCUACAUGGACCAUCGCAUGCUCAAAAAUUUUGACACACAGCGUGACCUUUCACGCUGUCAGCUCCGCUGGCAAGAAUUCAUGGCGCAGUAUGACCUCACCAUCAUAUACAUCCAUGGUGAAGACAACACUGUUGCGGAUGCUCUUUCACGGUUACCGCCUUCCUCGUUUCCUGACGAGAACGACACACCUAAUAAAACCUUCAAUACGUGGCUCACACCUUCAGUCAACGCCGUCCUCACCAUCGCCACCGAUUCUACUGUCGUCAAUGACAUCACUGAUGGGUACUUGACUGAUGAUUUCUGCAAGAAAGUAAUUGCGAAUGCCCCUUCUACCCUAGGUGUACAUUGUUCCAAUGGCCUAUGGUACAUCGGGGACCGGCUCUUGAUUCCACGCAUUAAAGAUCUUCAUGAAAACCUCUUCUGCCUGGCGCAUAAUUGCUCAGGACAUUUCGGAGCUGACAAGAGCUAUGCUAUGCUACGUGACCUAUACUACUGGCCCAACAUGCAUCGCGACAUCGAACAAUCAUACGUACCUUCCUGUCCCGACUGUCAGCGCAAUAAGAGUUGCACAAAGAAAUCCUCCGGACCACUCCACCCUCUUCCAGUACCUGACCAACAUGGCAACAAUAUCGCCAUGGAUUUCAUUGGCCCGCUGCCUAACGAUGAAGGCUUUGAUUGCAUCUUAUCCAUUACAGAUUGUCUCCACUCCGACGUGCACAUCGUCCCCACACACAUGACCUUGACUGCGUCCCAGCUCGUGCUUCUGUUUUUCGAUCAUUGGUACUGUGAGAAUGGCCUUCCUUUGGACAUCGUCUCCGAUUGUGACAAGCUGUUCAUCUCGGAAUUCUGGACUGUGUUGCACAAGCUCACCGGUAUCUCGCUCAAGAUGUCAACCGCUUACCACUCACAGACGGACGGUGCCAGCGAAUGCACGAACAAGACCAUUAAUCAAGCCAUCCGUUAUCACGUCCAUCACAAUCAGAAGGGAUGGGUAUGUGCUCUUCCUCGCAUACAGUUCAACAUCAUGAACUCUGUCAACGCGUCCACUGGAUUUUCAAACUUCUAA